UUGAAAAAUUAGUCUGAUCUUGGUUGAUUUGUAAUCGUGAGAACGUAAGGUUAACCAAGCUGAAUGUGUUCAUUACUGAUAGUCUGGCAAUCAGUAAUCAGUCAUUGGAGAAGAUUUAGUAAUGGAAGUGAAAAUUGCAAUCACCCUCGUCCUGUUAAUCCUCCUCGGACCAGCUCACGGAUGGUACUACAACUGCUUCGUGGAGUCCAACGUCCUCAUGCAGGGCGGCUGUUCUAUGCUCGAUUUCGUAAUCACCCCCAGAACCGAGGUGGACAACAUCUUCUUCCCCCCGGCCGACAUCAACUUCUUCCGGUCGAACUUUUCUUCGUUUUCCCCGGCGCUGGGACGUCGCUUCGGUGAAGAAACGGAAAAGAUUAACCUGUACAACUGCGUGCUGCCCUCGCUGGCCGUCCCGUUGAUGGUCAAGCAGCUGGGUGUUUUCUUCGCCAGCAGCCUGCAGACGGUGCUGGUCAACUAUCGGCUGGAGAACGCGCUGGAAUAUCUGAGCAUCGUCGGAACUGGCGUCAGGGAUAUUCGAUUCGUGGAGGCGUUGACCAAGUUGAAGUUUUUACGGGUUCAAAAGAACAGGCUAUCGUUUGUGAACUUUGAACGGUUCAGGAACCUCACCGAUCUGGAAACGAUUGAUUUGAGUGAGAAUCAGCUGAUCCACUUAGAUGUGGGACAGGAGCUCCUGAAACUACCAAAAUUGAUUGAACUUCGUCUGGACAAGAACUACCUGGCUCAGUUUGAUGUUGGCAUGUGGAGCUUUCCAAAUCUACUAUUCCUUAAAAUUCACUACAACCUGAUAAAAAGUCUCAACGUUGAACAACUGGUCGACUCCCUCCCAAACCUGAGUCAAAUUAGUCUGGCCGCGAAUCCUUGGAACUGUGGACGUUUGAACACCAUGGUGAGCUAUCUGUUGGAGAACAAUAUCAACUACCAGGAAGAGGCGGGCAAAUUGAGUUGCAGAUUCAACCUGAUGGAAACCAUCAUUUUUACGACGCAGGACAACGUGACGCAUGCAGAGCGGAUCUUGAGCCACAUGAACGAAACGGCUGCGGUUUAUUACUUGGAUGCAAAGUCAGCAAUGUUGGAGGAUGUGGGGGAGAGGAAUGAAGUUUUGAUUGGAGAGAUACGUCAUACAAGUGCUGGCUUGAAUGAAUUGGAGACGAGAGUUAACAAGUUACGGAUAUCGAUUCAAGAGUUGAAGUUCAAAAAUAAAAUUCCGUUUUAAAACAAAGGC